AUGGCGCCGGGACUCACCACCAAGGCCGACAACCACGUUCUCGCCCUGCCACUUGCGAAGGAUGAUGCAGCAUCAACAGUGUAUCAGAACGAGGACCAGGACACUCUCGUUCAAAAGUCGAAAAAAUAUCUUUUAGGGUUUGGUAGUGACAUCCACGAUGAAAUCGUCACUGGUACGCGUGGACUGUACUUUUACACGGCCAGCGGACGAAGACUGCUUGACUGGACGUCUGGCCAGAUGUCCUGUCUGUUAGGCCAUGGCCACCCCGAGAUUGUCCGGGUCAUUGCCGACCACGCCAUGCAUCUCGACCACACCUUCUCCGGCAUGGUCUCGCCUCCCGUCGUCAACCUCGCUGAGCGCCUGUGCGGCAUGCUGCCCGCCGGCCUCGACCGCGCGCUGUUCCUCUCCACCGGCGGGGAGAGCAACGAGGCGGCCAUCAAGCUGGCCAAGGUUUACACCGGCAAGUUCGAGGUUGUCGGGCUCGGCGCGUCCUGGCACGGCGUCACCGCGCAGGCCGUCGGCGCCCAGUUUCACUUUGGCCGCAGCGGCCACGGGCCCCUCGUCCCGGGCACCAUGAUGCUGCCGGCGCCCAACGCGUACCGCUCCGUCUUCCGUAAGGAUGACGGCAGCUACGAUUGGGAGGCGGAGCUGGAGUACGGCUGGCGCAUGGUCGAUCUCCAGUCGUGCGGGUCGCUGGCCUGCUGCAUCGUCGAGUGCAUCCAGAGCUCCGGCGGCAUGCACGUCCUGCCGCCGGGCUACCUUGCGGCCCUCAAGCGGUACUGCGAGCGCCGAGGCAUGCUGCUGAUCGUGGACGAGGCACAGACCGGCGUGGGCCGCUGCGGCGAUUUGAUGGCCAUCGAACACGAGGGCGUCGUCCCGGAUAUCCUGACGCUCUCCAAGACGCUCGGCAAUGGCUUGCCACUGAGCGCUGUUGUGACCAGCGAGCAGAUCCACCGCGUGUCCCAACAGAAGAACUUCUUCUUCUACACGACCCAUCUCAACGACCCGCUGGUCGCCGCCGUCGGCGACAAGGUCCUCGAGAUUGUCGAUCGCGACCGCUUGGUGCGGCACGCGCGCGAGGUCGGCGAGGUGCUGCACCGCGGGCUGCGCGGGCUGAUGGCGCGGUACGGCUGCAUCGGCGAGGUGCGCGGCCGCGGGCUCAUGGCCGGGGUCGAGAUCGUAACGGACCGCACGUCCAAGACGCCGGGCACGGAGCUGGCCAGGAGGAUCGGAGAUCGCGUGUUCGAGCACGGCCUCUGGGCGAACUUGAGCAGCCACCCGAGCUUCGGCGGCGUCUUCCGGAUCGCGCCGCCCAUCACGGUGACGGCGGCGCAGAUUGAGGAGGGGCUGGACAUCUUGGAGCGAGCCUUUGCGGAGACGGAGGGCAGUCUGCCUUUGUACUAG